AAUACAGAUUAUUUCAAUAUUUCCAAAAAUAAAAAUUCUGUAUUAUGUAGUAUGUUAAAGGCUUUGUGCUUAUACCCCCACCUUCAGAACGGUCGUAUGUGGUCGCAUGCGGCGAGCAUUCUUUGGUUACUAAGUUUUUAAUAUUGAUAUAUUUUCAAUAGAAGAUAAGAUUGUUUAUAGUGAAAGAUGGGUAAGAAGGCAAAACUUGGAAAGCAGAGGAGAGAUAAAUUCUAUCAGUUAGCUAAAGAAAGUGGUUAUAGGUCACGUGCUGCUUUCAAAUUGAUUCAGUUAAACAGAAAGUUUGAGUUUUUACAAAAGUCUCGAGUAUGCAUAGACUUAUGUGCAGCUCCUGGAGGAUGGAUGCAAAUUGCUCGGCAGAAUAUGCCAGUAUCCUCCAUAGUAAUAGGUGUAGACUUGUUUCCCAUAAAGCCAAUUCCAGGAUGCAUCAGUUUAGUGGAAGAUAUCACAACAGAUAAAUGUCGGGUUUCAAUAUCUCGUGAAUUAAAGACUUGGAAGGCUGAUGUUGUGUUACAUGAUGGAGCACCAAAUGUUGGUAAAAACUGGCUUCAUGAUGCAUAUCAACAGAUUGUUUUAACUUUAUCAGCUUUAAAAAUGGCGACACAUUUUCUGAGAUCAGGUGGAUGGUUUGUUACAAAAGUUUUCAGAUCAAAAGAUUAUCAUGCAUUAAUCUGGGUUUUAAAACAGCUAUUUAAAAAGGUACAUGCAACUAAACCUCAAGCAUCACGUACUGAAUCUGCUGAAAUAUUUGUUGUUUGCCAAUAUUACAUUGCUCCUGAUAAAUUAGAUCCUAAAUUUUUAGAUCCGAAAUAUGUUUUUUCUGAAUUGGAAAUAGAACCAAAAAAUAAAUUAAAUGUUUACAAUCCAGAAAAGAAAAAAUUGAAGGCUGAGGGUUAUCCAGAAAAUGAUUAUACUUUGUAUCAUAAAUUGUCUGUGAAAGAUUUUAUAGCGCACGACAAUGCAGUGGAAGCAUUGCAGGAUGCAUCUGAAAUUGUUUUUGAUGACGAAACUAUAACAAACCAUAAAGCAACAACCAAUGAAAUUAGAGAAUGUUGCAAAGACAUUAAAGUAUUAGGUAAAAAAGACUUGAGAAGUUUGCUGAAUUGGUGGAAAACAAUGAAAGAAGUUUUGAAAGAAGAAGAACCAGUAUCAGAAAGUGCAGUUAAUGAGCCAGCAGAAGUGGAACCUAUGACACAGGAAGAAUUAGAGGAUUUAGAAGAUGAAGAGAUUACAAAACGGAUUGAAGAUCUCAGAGCAGAAGAAGCUAGGGAAUUGAAGAGAAAGAAGAAAAAAGCUAAUAAAGAAAGACAAAAAUUAAAUGAACGUCUAAAUUUAAAAAUGGUUCAUAAAGGAGAUGAAGGUCCUGUACUGGAAGGAGAAGACAUGUUUAGUUUGAAAGAAAUUAAGACAUAUCAACAAUUAGAAGAUAUUACAAAUCAGCAACCUGAUUUGGUAGCAGAAAGUGAUGUAGAUUCAGACAGUGAAAAAAGAAAACCAAAAAAGGUUAAAUACAAUAAAGAUGAAGGACAAUUGGACAGCACUGGAUUAUAUUAUAAAACAGACGAUAGUGAACCAGAGGAUUCAAGUGAUGAUGAUUCAGAAAGUGAAAAAUCAGGCUUAGGUUUUGAUGAUUCUGAUGAUAACGGUGAAGGUGAAGUUCAAAAGAAAAAGAAGAAAAUUGAAGAUGAUUCAGAAAAUCCAUUAAUAACUGAUUUAGAUUAUAGAGAUAAAAAGACUAAAAGAAUUCACAAAGCUGAACUAUGGUUUGAAAGAGACAUUUUCAAAGAUUUAGAGGAUGAAAAAGAUGAAGACUUUGAAUUGGAUAAAAUGGUUGAAGAAUACAAAAAGAAGGGCGGUCGCAUUAUAGGAGAUGAUUCAACAAAUAGUGAAAAAGAGAAUAAAGUAAAUAAGAAGAAUAUAAAAGAAAAUGCUGUUGAAGAUGAUGUUGAUAGUACUGAAGACAGUAGUAAUUCUGACUCUGAUUACGAUAUGGAAGAAAUGAUGGUUUCAAAUAAAGGAAAUAAGACUAAAGUUCACGCAAAAAAUGGUUUCACAGUAGUUUCACAAACAAAUGAUGUCAAAUCAAAGAAGAGGAAACGUUUGUCAGAAGAAGAUCUGGCAUUGGGUUCGUUAUUAAUUCAAAGUAAAAAAACUCGAAGAGAUUUGAUAGAUUCAGCUUGGAAUAGAUAUGCUUUUAACGAUGAACAUUUACCUGAUUGGUUUGUACAAGAAGAAAAUGAGCACAUGAAGAAAGAAGCACCUGUACCCAAAGAACUCGUCGAUGAGUACAAGAAACGAGUAGAAGAUGUGAACGCUAGACCAAUCAAAAAGGUACUGGAAGCAAAGGCAAGGAAGAAGAAACGUGCAAUACGCAAAUUGGAGAAAGCAAAGAAAAAAGUGGAAGCAAUAAUGGAUAACGCAGAUAUUAGCGAUAGAGAAAAAGCAAAACAAGUGCAAGCGUUGUACAAGAAAGCGCAGAAACAACCCAAGAAAGACGUUACUUACGUGGUUGCAAAGAAGCACAUGGCACAGAAGAAAGCAGCGAGACCAGCUGGUGUAAAGGGACGUUACAAAAUGGUCGAUCCUAGAAUGAAAAAAGAUUUACGUGCAGCAAAAGCAAAAGAAAAAACUAAAGGACGCGGGAAAAAAAGUCGCGGCGGCAAACCGCCGCGAGGAAAGCCUAACAACGCUCACAAAGGGAAGAACUUAAAAAAAUAAUCUAUAAUUUUAACAAUUUCUCGCUACUCUGAAAAUUAGACCUUUAACAUACCGCGAUGAAGCAGCAAAACAACAUAACACAAAGUAUUUUUUUCGAUGCGCAGUGAAUGUUGUUGAACAAUCCAUUGAAUUUCUGUACAUAUGGUACAUUUUGUACAUAUAGAUUUAUGUAUUGAAGUACACAAAGGCUGAAAUUAAAAUAUUUUGU